AUCAUAGUAAAUGGCUUCUGACAAAAGAAGAAGCAUUUCUGUUGAAUUACUUAAAUUUAGGUUAUAAUUGAAUUUUGGUAUAUAUAUUUUAUUAUAAAUUAAUUUAUUUCUAAUUCUUAUAAUAUGGAAUUUUGGAAAGACGUUCUUGGCUCUCCAAUCAAAAUUGUUGCUCCAAUGGUAGAUGCCAGUGAAUUGGCGUGGCGAUUAUUAAGUCGAAAAUAUGGGGCCGAACUUUGCUAUACACCAAUGUUACAUAGUGCUAUAUUUACUAAAGAUCCCAAAUAUAGAAAAGAAGCUUUAGCUUCUUGCGAAGAAGACAGACCAUUGAUUGCUCAGUUUUGUGGAAAUGAUCCAGAAAUAAUGUUAGAAGCUGCAUUACUAGCACAAGAAUAUGUUUCAGCUAUAGAUAUUAACUUAGGGUGUCCUCAAGCUAUAGCAAAAAGGGGUCAUUAUGGAGCUUUUUUGCAGGAAGAAUGGCCUUUGUUGGAAAAUAUCGUUUGCACUUUAAGUAAAAAUUUAAAAGUACCUGUAACAUGUAAAAUAAGAAGAUUAGAAAGUAAAGAGAAAACCAUAGAAUAUGCUAAAAUGCUGGAAGCUGCUGGAUGCAAAAUGUUGACUGUACAUGGUAGAACCAGAGAACAAAAAGGACCUCUUACUGGAGUGGCUGAUUGGAGUUACGUAAAGGCAGUAAGGGAAGUUGUGAAUAUUCCAGUCAUAUCAAACGGAAAUAUCCAAUGCCUCCAAGAUAUAUUUAGAUGUUUAGAAGAGACAGGUGCUGUUGGUGUAAUGACGGCAGAGGGUAAUUUAUACAAUCCAGCUAUUUUUAUGGGAGACAAUCCACCAGCAUGGAUACCUGCAGAAGAAUAUCUAAACUUAGCAGAGAAGUAUCCGUGUCCAUUAUCUUAUAUAAGAGGACAUUUAUUUAAAUUGUUUCAACACAUCUUAUCAAUAUCUGAGAACAACUAUUUAAGAAUUAGAUUAGGUGCUGCAAAUACUAUGGAACAAUUUAGAAAUAUUGUACAGGAAAUUAGGAAUAUGUAUGAACCAUAUCAUAAUGGUUUGAAAAUAUGGAUCAAAACUACUGAAGCAGAUAAUCAAAAUAUGAUUUUACCUCCAUGGCUGUGUCAAUCAUAUGUGAGAGAAACUCCCGAAAACCAUAUAAAGAAAAUAGAAGAAAAGAAAAAUGAUGAUAAAAUAGUAAACAAAAGACAUUACGAAGACUCUGAAGGAAAUACUAUCAGCAGAAAGAAAAUGAAAAAACUUCGAAGAAUAAAUAGGAGACCUGAAAAACCAGAUAAUAUUUCAGACAGACCUUCAGAUAAAUGUUCAAAUUGUGUCAACCCUUUGGGUUCGAAAUGUUUAUAUAGGUUGUGCAAAAAAUGCUGCAGAGAUAAAUGUUAUAUCGAAGAUUUAGAUUGUAAAGGACACAGAAUAUUAGUGAAAACGCGAAGAGAAGUAGCGAAAAUGUAUGCUAGUCAAGAAAUAAAAAAAAAUAUUUCUAUUACGUAGUAAUAAAAUAUAUAAAAUUACC